GGGGAAAGCGAGAAUGUGGAAAGCAUACCGGAGAAACGGAUCAACAGUUUUUGGAUUGGUGCCAUCAUGAUUCCGGCAUGCUAUGUGACUUUUGGAUGGGCAUUGGAAAAUGGAGUUCAUAUUUCUGUGCCACUAAUUGCUCUAUUCUUUGGUGGAUUCAGCAUCAAUGUGGUAUUCACCUCAGCACUCGCCUACUUGGGUGACGCACAUCCAACGCACGCCGCCGCCAUGGUGUUGGUAAGCGAUUCAAUGUCAUUUAUAGUCUCAGGAAUAAUGACCGUGGUAACCUCUUUAUUAAAAUCCUUGGGGUAUGGUUGGCUAUUUACCAUAUUGGCAAUCGCCAGUGUUUGCGGGAUGAUACUUUCGGUGGUUGUUUAUUUCAAAGGAAGAAGUUGGCGGGAAGGCAUAUUUGAGA